CAUCCAAGAGAGGCUUGCCUGGUUGCGUGCGGUAGUCGGCCGCAACAGCAGGCAAGAUGGCGCGCGGCCCCAAGAAGCACCUGAAGCGCUUGAAUGCGCCCAAGCAUUGGAUGCUGGAUAAGCUGGGCGGCAUCUUUGCCCCCAAGCCCUCCCCCGGCCCCCACAAGACCCGGGAGUGCCUGCCGCUCAUCCUGCUGCUGCGCAACCGCCUGAAGUAUGCGCUGACUGGCAAGGAGGUGACCAGCAUCCUGAUGCAGCGGCUGGUGGAGGUGGACGGCAAGGUGCGCACCGACAAGACCUACCCCGUGGGCUUCAUGGACGUUAUCGACAUCCCCAAGACCGACGAGCACUUCCGCCUUGUGUACGACGCCAAGGGCCGCUUUGUGGUGCACCGCAUCACCAAGGAGGAGGCCAGCUACAAGCUGUGCAAGGUCAAGCGGCUGGCAUUCGGCAAGGGCGGCAUCCCGCACAUCGGCACGCACGACGGCCGCACCGUGCGCUACCCCGACCCCGAGAUCAAGGUGAACGACACUGUGAUGCUGGACCUGGAGAGCGGCAAGGUGAAGGACUUCAUCAAGUUUGAUGUGGGCAACCUGGCCAUGGCCACGGGCGGCCACAACAACGGCCGCGUGGGCACCAUUGUGCACAAGGAGAAGCACAAGGGCUCCUUCGACAUUGUGCACAUCAAGGACGCGGCGGGCCACACCUUUGCCACCCGCAUGACCAAUGUGUUUGUGAUUGGCAAGGGCGACAAGCCCAUGAUCUCGCUGCCCAAGGGCAAGGGCAUCCGGCAGAGCAUCCUGCAGGAGCAGGCCAAGCUGUACGGCAAGACGCAGGCGUGAGCCUGCGGCACGCCCCAGCGGCCCUCCUCCCGAGCCCUCGCCCCCACGGGGCGCGGGCCGGGAGCGGAUGCGCCCGCCAGGCGGCAGCGCGCCACCUGGCGUGCCUCCGCAGCAGCAGAGAUGGGUGGCGGCGGCCCCACCCGCACGCCAGCCCAGUCAGCAGCAGCUGCUAGCAGCAUAGGCAGGUCCCCCUGGGACGGCCCGCUGCCAGCGCACACCCAGCAGCUGCCGAGGCGAUAUUGCAGCACCAUUAGGCUUGUAAAAGCAAGAUAUUGUCGAGAGAGGUGCAG